UCUCUUCCACAGAAUCAGUCACGCCGGCCGAGGUUCCCGCUGAGGAUCUGUAAAGUUUUCCGAGCUCCAGGGAGUCGCUCUCAGAGCGUGUGGGGGCGGCGGGGCAUCAGCAGCAACAGGGUCCGCGCUGCGGUGGCCGCUCUGUCCCGCCGAGCACUUGUAAUUAACCGGGCAGGCGGUGAAUUAAAUCUUUGUCAAGCCCACCGAGCGGGGGGUUCCUGCAGACUCUUCUCCAGCCGGUCUCGGGCGGCCGGGAUAACAUCGGCAGCGGAGGCGAGCGAGAAGGGGGAGCCCGCUGGACGCCGCGGGAGAGCCAAGCCCCCGCUCGGAGCGAGUGCGGGGAGCUGCGGGCGGCGAUGGGCGAGCUGUGCGGGGCCCGGCCGCUGCUGCGGCUGCUGCUGCUGCUGCUCCCGGCAAUGCUGCCGCCGCUCCGGGCACAAGAGCUGUCAGUGGAAGAAUGCUGUGACAAGGGUGUAGAAUGGGCAAACAAAAACAGAACGUGUGCUUCUCUGCCACUGAUAUCCGAGUCCAGAGAAUGCAGCAUGAGCCAGGAGCAGUGCUGCCGCAGCCAGCUGGAGAAGCAGUCCUGUUCCGACGGGGUGGAAUUUGCCAACGUGCGCGAGGAGUGUGACUCGCAUGCUGCUGAAAAUUCCACUUGUGAGGCCCAGUACUUCAAGACGUGUUGUUACUGUUGUUUGCUGGGAAAGGCCGCCCAAGUUCAAGGACAGAGUUGUGAUCCCAACUCGAAGAUGGGAUACCAGUGUGGAAUUGUCUUCAGAUCUUGCUGUGGGAAAGGCCCAGAAGGCAUUGAUCUGUCCAUCAGCGAUGAUGCUCCUAAAAAACAGCAAGUUGAGAUUUCAAAGGAGGAAUUAGACCAGGAAGAUCCUUAUCUGCAUGAUGGCUGCAGAGGUGGUGGGCCCUGCUCUCAGCAGUGCAGAGACACAGGAUCCAGUUACGUGUGCUCCUGCUUCGUUGGUUAUCAGCUUCAACCAGACGGUAUCACCUGUGAAGACAUUAAUGAGUGCAUCACUGGAACACACAGCUGUGGGCUUGGCCAAACCUGUGUCAAUACGUUGGGAUCUUUCCGCUGCCAGCGGGACACCAGCUGUGGGACCGGCUAUGAACUGACAGAUGACAGUCGUUGCAAAGAUAUUGACGAGUGUGAGACUGGUACUCAUAACUGCCCCCCCGAUUUUAUCUGUCAGAAUACUCCAGGAUCCUUCCGUUGCCGCCCCAAGCUACAGUGCAUGAGUGGCUUUAUACAAGAUGCGCUCGGCAACUGUAUCGAUAUCAAUGAGUGCCUGAGCACCAACACGCCGUGCCCAGCUGGGCAGAUCUGUAUUAACACCGAUGGCUCCUUCACCUGCCAGCGAAUCUCACCCAGCUGUGGCCGAGGGUAUCAUCUCAACGAAGAUGGAACAAGAUGUGUAGAUGUGGAUGAGUGCUCAUCCCCCAACCAGCCCUGUGGGGAGGGGCACGUGUGUAUCAAUGCCCCGGGCAAUUACCGCUGCGAGUGCAAGGCUGGCUACACCUUUGAUGUCAUCAGUAGGACCUGCAUUGAUAUCAACGAGUGCAGACGCUACCCAGGCCGCCUCUGCGCUCACAAGUGUGAGAACACUCCUGGCUCCUACUACUGCACUUGCACCAUGGGAUUCAAACUUUCAGCUGAUGGGAGAUCAUGUGAAGAUUUAAACGAGUGUGAGAGCAACCCCUGUAGCCAAGAGUGUGCCAACGUGUACGGCUCCUACCAGUGCUACUGCCGCCGUGGCUUCCAGCUCAGCGACAUUGAUGGCAUCUCCUGUGAAGACAUUGAUGAGUGUGCUUUGCCCACCGGGGGGCACAUCUGUUCCUUCCGAUGCAUCAACAUUCCUGGGAGCUUCCAGUGCACUUGUCCCUCCUCUGGCUACAGGCUGGCACCCAAUGCACGCAACUGCCAAGACAUCGAUGAGUGUGUUGCAGAAAGCCACAACUGCUCUUUCAACGAGACCUGCUUUAACAUCCAGGGCGGCUUUCGCUGCCUGUCCUUGGAGUGCCCAGAGAAUUACCGCAAGUCAGGAGACACUGUCAGGCUUGAGAAGACAGACACCAUCCGCUGCAUCAAGUCCUGCCGACCAAACGAUGUCAACUGUGUGCUGGAUCCAGUCCACACCAUUUCCCACACUGUCAUUUCACUGCCCACCUUUAGGGAAUUUACAAGACCUGAAGAGAUUAUUUUCCUUCGUGCCAUCACACCUACGUAUCCGGCCAACCAGGCAGAUAUCAUAUUUGACAUUACAGAGGGAAAUUUAAGAGAUUCCUUUGACAUCAUCAAGCGUUACAUGGAUGGUAUGACAGUGGGUGUAGUUCGCCAGGUGAGGCCCAUUGUUGGACCCUUCCAUGCCAUCCUGAAGCUGGAGAUGAACUACGUGAUGGGGGGGGUGGUGUCCCACCGGAACAUCGUCAACGUCCACAUCUUCGUGUCCGAGUACUGGUUCUGAGGGGGGCUUCAGCCUGCAGCAUUACCACAAGCUAUUAUGUCAUAUACUUGUUUGUAAAACCCAAUAGUGUUCUUUGUUUGUUUUGUUUUUAAAUAUUUGGUUUAUAGUUUAAGACAAAUAGCGAGCUAUUAUGUUGGUUAGACAUAGGGUGGAGCGGAUUAAGUGAGCCUGAUGUAGUUUGUCUGUAUAAAUAAGUAGUGUGUAAAAAUGCUCGGCUGCCUAGUGAAAUUUGAAACUUUUCUAAAUGUUUAGGCAGAUCUCAACUAUUGCUCCUUGGCCAGAUAAUCUGAGUGACUGAGGCUGUGGAACAAAAGAGAUGUCAGAGUUCAUUGGGAUGAAUAUAUGCUAUCUCUGGAUGGAAGCAGUUGGGUAAGGAUUAAUAAUUUCACCUCAAUAUUACCUACCUUAAGGGAUUCAUAUUGUCAGAGAGUGCUAAAUACUUGGGUUUGGGCCCCCAUAGGAUAACUCUGAACAGGCUCUUAGAAUUGCUAAUAAUUCCUGAAAAGUUCAGCCUGGAUAUUUAAGAAGUGCCAUUCAGCUGCAGGUACAAGAUGAAGUGCAAAAGGAAUUAGAAAUAGUAGGAAACGAACAAGCUAUUGCACAUAUUAAAAAAAAAAAACCCUCCCUUUUUUUGUACUUAUUAUUUGAUUGUAAGAUUAUGUUUGAUUCUGAUUAAACAAGCACCUCUCUUUGAAAUUACUCUGUCACAAGGAUAAGGCAUAUUACUUGAAUUCCAGUGUCACCUGUAUUCAGCAAUACAUGGGAAACUCUCACCUGUCUGGUAUAAAGCUCCAUGCCUUUAUAAAAUUGGUAAGAAAAUUAGCAUGUUGAACUGUACAUUUCCUAUGUACCAAACCAAGGCAUAUGUAAUAAUAUAAUGAAAAUCUCACAAAUAAAUGAAUGUUUAAUGUAUUUUCUGGGCAUCAAAAUAACGUAUGUUUUUUUAUUACAGAACGGAAAAGAAAUAGCUCCAUGUUUCAGUUUGUUAUGUUUGUUAAGAUAUGAGGAAAUAAAGAAAGUCAGAUGGGAAA